GCGUCAUGAAGCUGUGAUAUUAAAUGAACAUUUAACCAAAGCAUUACAAUUGAUUAAGAGAAACAGUAGCUCAGAAACUGUGGAUAGGGAAUUGAUUUCGAACUUGUUGAUAUCAUUCUUACAAAUACCAAGAGGUGAUACUAAAAAAUUUGAAGUUUUACAAUUACUUUCAAAUUUCCUAAAUUGGGAUGAAGAUAAGAAAGUUCAAGCUGGAUUCAUUCAAGCAGGUAGUGCGAGUGGUAGAAGAAGCUCAAGAGAAAGCUUUGUGUCGUUAUGGACUGAAUAUCUUGAGAAGGAAAGUUCAAAAAGUACGUAAUAAUGAAAUUUUGUGGUGUUGAUUAAAGGAAAUUUCUGUAGUAGUACUUUAUAAUGUUGUGUCCCGGUUUCAAAAAAAUUGAAAUGUAUGGUGAAAAAAAAUCUCGAGGAGAACAUCAUAAAGUGUAAUAAUGUUGAGUGUGAAGAGGUUAAAAGAAGAGUAUCCAAGAUGUUUUCCAGAGUCAUUAGAUCUUCAAUUAGAAGUCCAGCUCAAUUUCAAUUGAGAAAUGUGAGCACCAUGUAUAAAGAAGCCACUACAACUUUGAGAAAAGAUAUGAAGGCUGCCAUGUUGGCCAAAGAUGCUGAAAGAAAAGACACAAUCAAGUACUUACUUACAGCUAUCAAGAACAAAGAAUUAGAACUUGAUCCUUCAAAACAUACCGAAUUUGUUCUUUUUGAAAUCUAUAGAUCAAUCCUAAAUCAAAUGAAGACUUCAGUUCAAGAGUAUCAAUCUCAUGGAAGACCAGAGCUCGUUGAAAAAGAAGAGAGAGCAAUUUCACUAGUUAAUGAAUAUUCAAAAUCCUUAAAAGUUGCAAGUGAAGAAGAAAUUGUGGGAAAUGUUAAUGCUAAAAUUGAAGAACUUAAACAAAAAACUGAAGGUAAACUAAAUCCUAAAGUUGUUUUCAAAGAAGUUGACUGGAAUAAAGCUGCCUCUGAGUGGAAUGCUUCAAUUGAUACAGUGAAGGCCACUGUGGGUAAGAUUGUUAAGGAGUUGUCCUCAAAGAAAUAAGAUCGAGGCCCGAUAUGAAAACUUGUAAAUAGAAUGAAUCGAAAUAAAGCAUAUUUAAUGACACUUUGAAAUUAAAAUUGUAACUUUAUCCAUCAUAAAAAUCCUAUUGUUUCGAUUCAAAUUAAAUUUAGAUCCUGCUUUCUCCAAAAAUAAAAUUCGUGUCAAUUCAGGAACGCGUCUGAUAUCAAU